CUGGAAAACGUUUGGCGGGAAAACAAAAUUCAUCAUUACACAAUAUUAAAAUGCCCGAGAUAUUCACUUUUUCAUUGUUUUUCUCAUUCUUUGGGACAGUUCUAACCAAAUAAAACAUGUGUACAACGUCUUCACCAUUAUAUUUUCUUCUAAGUAGCUUUUCUUCGUUUAAAUGGUUUAAAAAGGUGCAAAAAUUUUAAAUAAACAAUAUUAAAUUUGCUUUCAUUUUUGGACUUUGAAAAUCAAGAUGGCGGACGCUUAUGCAAUCACAGAAAAAAUUCUCCAGAGAAAUAUUUCGCGACAAAAAUCAGACAAAUAGAAUAAUGUUGCGAAUUGCUAUAAAUUGAAACAAAAGAAUUUUUGAAACAUGUUUCUGACUGCUUUUGGGUUGGUUUUACUUUUCAUAUUGAUUCUGAUAGUGUUUGCUUGGAUUUACAACGUCAAGACGGUCACACGAAAGAGAAUUCUGAUAAUCGUUCUAGGGGAUGUCGGCCGCAGCCCUCGAAUGCAGUACCAUGCCUUGUCAUUUGUUAAAGAAGGUUUGGGGGUCGACCUCAUUGGAUUUGACCAUUCACCGCUAAUUAAGGAAUUACAGGAUCAAUCGUUAGUCCGAAUCAUUCCCAUAAACGAACCGCCUAAAAAGCCGAGCUGGCUGCCUCGAUUGCUUUACUAUGUAUUCAAGACAAUAUACUUGUUUGUGCAACUCGUUACGGUCGUUCUGUGGAAAACCUCUAAACAUUCGCAUGUACUGGUGCAAAACCCGCCGGCAAUUCCGACGCUUGCCGCUGCAUGGCUAAUUAGCAUAAUCCGCCAAUCACGGUUCAUCAUAGAUUGGCACAACUAUGGCUACACCAUCCUUUCAUUGGCCGUCGGCAGCACAAAUCCACUAGUCAAGUUUUCCAAGUUUUACGAGGGCGUCCUCGGGCACAGGGCUGCAUAUAAUAUUUGUGUGACGCAAGCCAUGAGAGUGGAUUUGCGGCAGAGGUGGGGUGUCGUGGCAACCACAUUAUACGAUAGACCUCCGCAGAGGUUUAGAAGUAUAGAUGAGGAUGAAAAACAUAAGAUAUUUUUGAAGUUAUCCGAAAGUUACAAUGUUUUCAAAUCAGUCGACAAUAAGGUUUGUAUAACGUUUGAAAGCUCCGGAUUGAUAUACAACGAGAACUUCAGACCUCUCAACUCUCACGCAUUCGGCGUGAGUCUCACGCAAUUCGCUUCACUCUCACGCCACGUUUAGUAAAUCUCACGCAUAUAACAGUUUCAUAGUAUUUUUUCAAUAAUAUAAUAUUGUAUUCUUAAGUGCACAUUAUUAAUCAUUAUACGGAUGGCGAAUCGAAUAUAUAAUCGCGUGUUAUUCAUGUUCCGACAUAUACGGCCCGACAUUUUGCCCGCAAUUUGGAUACAAAAUAGUACGCAUAUAUGUGAAUACGGCGGACAAAAGGCAGAAUCAGUCGGAGCAGAAUUCUAUAUGUAAAUUAUCAAAGGCAAAUUAAAGCUCAUUACUGUAUGUCGCAGAAAUACAGUUAUUGUAACUAAAGUGCCCUCUUAAAGGACUUUAUAAAACAAUGCAUUUCAUUAAAAAACACCUCAGAAUGUACGAAAUGCCAUUUCAGACCCCCGGACUUUUACAAAGGUGUCAUCCACAUCCCCAAUCUCACACUUAACUUCUCUGCAAAGUUGAGAGGUCUGGAACUUCAAAGUUUCGGGCGAAGGCACUUCGUCACACUAUAUAUCUACACCAAACAAUUUUUUUCUAAUACGUCAGAAACAAGAUUUAUAACUCUAACAAGUCACUUUACGAGUCACCUUAAGAGCAGACUGUCCAUCUUUGUUAAAGGGACUCUACAGUCAUUUUUUAGUCGAAAAGCCACCUUAAGUAGGGGACCCCACGGAGAUUCGUUUAGCUGUAUCUUACAUGCAGUAUCCAUAAGUAUGAGUACUUCUGCACACUGGAAGACGCAUGCAUGCCGUGAUGCGCAUGUCAAGUAGCGACAAUAACAAAAAAUGUAAACAAUACUUACUUGACUAAAAAAUGACUGUAGGGCCCCUUUAAUGAGCAGUACUAGAUUUAUACAAGGCCGUUGGAAGUAAAUCAAUAUGGGGCCAAAUUGCUUUCACAAUUUUUUAUAAUAAUUGCUAUAUCACAGCAAAGCCACCAGCUUAAUAAGCAUAGAAUAAGUGAAUAACCCACAUUGCUAUAAUCCUUAUAUAUUUACAUUUUAUAUAUUUAUAUUUUCAGAGUACAUCGGAUACAAGAUUUACAACUCUGACGAACAGCAGGGCCACCUUAAGAGCAGAUCGUCCCGCCUUGUUAAUCAGCAGUACCAGCUGGACUGAGGAUGAAGACUUUCAAAUCCUCCUUGACGCUUUGCAACAAUAUGACAAAAUGGCUGAUACCCACAGUUCUAAAUUGCCUAACAUUGUGUGUGCCAUUACAGGAAAAGGUCCAUUAAAAUCUUAUUACCAAGAUAUAAUAUCAAAAACAACUUUGAACCAUGUCAAGAUUUAUACACCCUGGUUGGAAGCGGAAGAUUACCCAAUCCUGGUUGGGUCAGCCGAUUUGGGUAUAUGUUUGCACACCUCGUCAUCAGGGUUGGACCUACCGAUGAAAGUUGUGGAUAUGUUUGGGUGUGGUGUACCUGUGUGCGCUGUUGGUUUUUCGUGGUAAGGGUUUGAGGUUGACCUGAAUGAGAUUGUGUGAUUUACACAGUACAACUCAAGUUGUAAGCAGGUUGCAUGUGACAGUUUUGGGCAAAAGUUGUGUUGUGUAAAUUGGCCUUAAUACAGACAUCACCCUCUAAGACAGGCACCUCUUUAAGACAGACAUCUCUCUAAAACAGACAUAUCUCUAAUACAGACAUCUCUCUAACACAGACAUCUCUCUAAUACAGACAUCUCUCUAAGACAAGCAUUUCUCUAAUACAGACAUCUCUACAGACAUCUCUCUAAGACACAAACAUUUCUCUAAUACAGACAUCUCUCUAAGCUGUACACCUCUCUAAUACAGACACCUCUCUAAGACAGACAUCUCUCUAAGACAGGCAUUUCUCUAAUACAGACAUCUCUAAGACAGACAACAUAUCUCUCUAAUACAGACAUCCCUCUAAUACAGACAUCUCUGUAAUACAGACACCUCUCUAACAUAGACAUCUCUCUAAUACAGACAUCUCUCUAAUACAGACAUCUCUCUAAUACAGACACCUCUCUAAUACAGACAUCUCUCUAAUACAGACACCUCUCUAAUAUAGACACCUCUCUAAUACAGACACCUCUCUAAUAUAGACAUCUCUCUAUUAAUACACACACCUCUCUAAUACAGACAUCUCUCUAAUACAGACAUCUCUCUAAUACAGACAUCUCUUUAAUACAGACAUCUCUCUAAUACAGACACCUCUCUAAUAUAGACAUCUCUCUAAUACAGAUACCUUUCUAGUACAGACAUCUCUCUAGUAAAGACACCUCUCUAAAACGAACUCUCAUCCGUCUCUGACUCUCUAUGUAUUAGUCGGGCCAUUAACUUUAAAAAAUUUAUUAACAGUAGUACAUUUCUUCAUGUUUAGUCUGAAUGAGCUGGUCAAACAUGGUGAAAAUGGUCUGGUAUUUAACGGUCCAGAACAACUUGCCGAACAACUACAAGAAUUGCUGGUAGACUUUCCUAGAAAUCAAGAACUUCUCAACAAAUUUCGAGAGAACUUAAAAGAAUUCCAGAAAAAACGAUGGCAUGCCUGUUGGAAAGAAACAUUCUAUGACCCAAUAUUUAAAUGAUUAAAUAUUACAUAUUACUCAAUAAAUUGUAAAGCUCGGUAUAUUAUUGAUACGUA